GAAAAUCCACAUUGUUAAAGGCAGAGAAAAUUUCAUCCUCUUGAGGGCUUCAUUGCUGUUUCCCAACGUUUCCCUCUUCUUAUGUUUGAUGGAGUGAAGAAGACAAGACAAUUGUGAGUUCUUAUUUGGAAACAACUUUCAGAAUUAGUGAAAUAUUGGCAAUGAAGCCAUCAAACAAUAUCUGGAUUCGAAGACAACAGUGCCCAUGUGGAGAUUGGAAGUGUUAUAUCAAGUAUGAAGGAGAUGAUCAGGCCUCAGUAAGUUCUCAGAAUGUAAAGACCGAGAUGGCAACGAUAUUGUCUUCAUCAUCAGAAGCUGUGUUCACUCCCUAUGUGGGUCAAAUUUUCAGGAGUGACGAUGAUGCAUUCGAAUAUUACAGCAAUUUUGCUCGGAAAAAUGGGUUUUCGAUCAGAAAAGCACGCUCAACGGAAAGCCAAAACUUGGGGAUAUACAGACGGGAUUUCGUUUGUUAUCGAUCGGGUUUUAAUCAGCCAAGAAAAAAGGCAAAUGUUGAGCAUCCUAGGGAGAGAAAAUCCGUAAGGUGUGGAUGCGAUGCAAAGCUGUAUUUGACAAAGGAGAUUGUUGAUGGUGUCACGCAGUGGUAUGUUUCACAGUUUAGUAAUGUUCAUAACCAUGAGUUAUUGGAAGAUGACCAAGUGCGCCUACUUCCUGCAUAUCGGAAAAUACAGGAAGAAGAUCAAGAAAGAAUUCUUUUACUCUCGAAAGCUGGGUUUCCUGUGAACCGGAUAGUAAAGGUGUUGGAAAUAGAAAAGGGUGUUCAACCUGGACAAUUGCCUUUCAUAGAAAAAGAUGUCAGGAAUUUUGUUCGCACUUGUAAGAAGGCAGUUCAAGAAAAUGAUGCAUUGCUCACCGGGAAAAGGGAGAAUGAUAUGCUGGAACUUGUUGAGGCCUGCAAGGCUAUGGCAGAAAGGGAUCUGGAUUUUAUUUAUGACUAUACGACUGAUGAGAACGAGAAGGUUGAAAAUAUUGCCUGGUCAUAUGGCAAUUCUGUUCGUGCAUUUACGGUGUUUGGUGAUGUAGUUUCUUUUGAUACCACUUAUCGUUCAAUCACUAAUGGACUGCUCCUUGGAGUGUGGUUUGGUAUUGACAAUUAUGGCAAAGAAAUUUUGUUGGGCUGUGUUUUGCUGCAAGAUGAAAGUUCUAAUUCGUUAUCUUGGGCUUUACAGAAUUUUGUUCGAUUUAUGAGAGGCAGACAUCCACAGACAAUUCUAACUGACAUAGAUUCAGGGCUGAGAGAUGCCAUAGCAAGGGAGUUACCUACUACUAAACACGUUAUAUGCAUAUGGCAUGUUUUGUCAAAAAUAUCCAGUUGGUUCUCUUUGCCUCUUGGACCACAAUAUGCAGAUUUUAAAGCUGAUUUUGAUAUGUUAUGUCAUCUGGAGAGCAUGGAAGAUUUUGAACAUCAAUGGAAUCUCUUGGCUGCUCGGUAUGGACUUGUUUCAGAUAAGCAUCUUGCAUUACUUUAUUCAUGUCGAGCAUCCUGGCUGUUUUCCUACAUUAGAAGUUAUUUUCUGGCUCGAAUGAUGACAGCAGAGUUUGAACAAUCUUUAGAGUCGUUUUUUAAAAGAAUUUUGGGUGUACAGACUUGUCUGCAAGUAUUCUUUGAGCAGGUUAGUAUUGUCGCCAACUCUGGGAAUCAAAUAAGAGAUCGCCUGCACUAUACGCACAUCAAAACUUGCAUGCCAAUUGAAGAACAUGCUCGGAGUAUUUUAACACCUUAUGCUUUCCAACUCUUGCAACAUGAGCUCGUUCUGUCCAUGCAAUAUGCGAUCACAGAAAUGGCAAACGGAUCAUAUCUUGUGCGACAUUACAAGAAAAUGGAUGGAGAGUGUCUUGUGAUUUGGAUACCAGAUGAUGAACAAAUUCAUUGUUCCUGCAAGGAAUUUGAACAGUCAGGCAUACCAUGCAGGCACUCUCUUCGGGUGCUUGUAAUGAAGAACUUCUUUCAGCUCCCGGAUAAAUAUUUUCUGCUACGUUGGAGGCUAGAGAGUUCCUUGGUUCAUACGGAUGAUCACAACAUUCAAAGCAGCAAUGACGAAUGUGCUCAAGCCUUUCACUCGCGGGCUGCAACCCUAUUGACGGAGUCAUUAAUAGACAAGGACCGUUUCGAUUAUGUUCAUAGAGGACUUACUGGGCUUCUCGAGAGCGUUAGAAAUAUGCCGGUAACUGAUGAACAUGCUUCAAACAUGGCAGCUAACAAUGUCAGUGAAUCAUAGUUUGGUUAAUAUCACGGCUAAUAAAUGCUGUGUUUGGAACCUUCUUCAUUCAAACAGAUUGGGAUAUCCGAAGGAUGAAAUGGAGUGUUGGAGGCACCAAAGUAGUUACUGACAUGAUAAUCUCAGACGACGAUAUUUUGAACAACAUAUCAAAUGGUAAUUUCAGUUUUUGAUCAAUCCUAGAAAGCCGUAUUAGAUUUCCGGCAAGCUCCAAUUAUUAUUGAUAUUGCGGUAUUUACAUCGAGUAUUUAUUGAAUGUUGAUAGGGGCAGGGGAAUUGGAAACUGAUCAUUGAUGUUGUAUUUUGUAAAAUGCAAUAUUUAGAUGAUUUCUUUGAAAUCUAUACUAGGUGCCUUAGCUAUUUGAGAUUGUUUUUUUGUUAACAAAAUUGAUUGAUGUAAUGAAGCAUCAGAAUUCAG